CGCUGGGCGUGGGGCCUCUGUGGUGGUCCUGAUGUGCCCCAUGCCGCAUUGUCUGUAUCUACAGUCAACACAGAGAGCCGCGGCGUGGGGAUCAAGCAGAGUCAGCUCUCUGUGAGCUCCCACAUUGUGCAAGAGGAUGAAUUGUUGAAAGCUGUAAGAAGUAACGAACCAUUGCGUCUAACGUUCACUCUCCACUUGACCGAGAGUACAUCUGUCGAAUGGGAGACCGUAGCAUGGCGCCGCUGUCUAUACAUUCGCGUACCGAGCUGCCUUCUGCCCGAAGGAUCAAAGGAGGGCUUUGUUUCGCUCCUAGAAUACGCCGAAGAAACACUGCGCUGCACCAAUAUCAUUGUCUGCCUUCGUAAAGAUAGAUCAGAUCGAGCAAUGCUGGUUCGUACCUUCAUGUUCUUGGGUUUCACGGUCCUGCCACCAACUCAUGCCUUGGUACCGCCAGGCAGUGAUGCUGGCAAUCUCUACAUGCUCUAUGCCAUCGAGUAAUUGGCAAAGCAGUUCGGCCUCUCUCAAAUUUAACGCACAGGUACCGCCACAUAGUUCGAGUCUGAAAUCCUGAAAAGGAGACAAUUGGAAAACUCUGAAAAAUGUUUCAAUGUUUAUCUUACAUAUUUUUAAGUUUUGCUAUUAUGAACGAUAUAAUUUGCAUUUUAUAGUUUUAUUAGUUUCAAAUUCGGAAAUUUAUAAGUUUCGACAAAAAUCAUUGUAAAAAUCACAAAAGGAAUUUACAUUAGGUUAUCACAGAGAACAAACUUGGCGUUAAAUUUAGGAGGCUUGAUGGAGAAACAAAAAAAUAUAGUCGGGAAUACGUAGAACGCGUACAUAAAAGGCUUUCGAUGGGUAUAUCGAUUCAUUCUCUUGAA